UAGUUACUUUGCUAAUUAACAAAACUGCUCCUUGUUUACCAGAGUUUAGAGCAUAUCUGUAUAUCUAAGCUUUAGCUUAUUUGUUUAGUUCCUUUUCUCUUUGAAGGCUUGUGUGAAAAACGUUUUACAUUCAUUUCGGAAGCUAGAAUAUCUAGAUAUAUCAGAUUAUUGAUUGCAAUAGAAAAAAAGGUUCUAUUUUCAAGAGUGUCUUUUACGUAAAUAAAGACAUGAAUGACCAUCGCUGUUGUGUUAAGCUUAUGUUCAAGCCUGAAUUUUUUCAGGCGUUACUUUGACAACUGCGUUAAGUUGUGUACAUAAAUGCAAUGAUCAAUCGCGUCUUUACGUCUUUCUCCACCGUUCAAAUUUAGGCGUUUCACUUGGUCACUUGCCGUCUCUUUUACAAUGGAAGCAAUAUUAGUUUCUCGAUUUGUACAUAGUGUGUCCAAUUCGCACAGCCUAUUAAAUAUCACGAGCAAUUUAUUUAUUUCGUGAUGGAUGUUUGCUUGUUAUGUGUACAUUAGAGAAGAAGGAACUUAAAUCCACCUUAAGAAUUCUGAUGCUGAGAAAGGUGUCUAAUUGGUGCAAACAUUUGCAUCCUUGUUUGUAAGGAGGUAUCAACUUUCAGUGCUAUAUUUUGCAGGUGGCAAUGGUGGAAAUUCAACUAGAACCUGGCAUCCCUCAAGAACUAUUGAUAGCAUUCAGUGUGAUGACUACCGUUCUUAUUUCAGUACAUGUCUUUGCACUCAUGAUAUCUGUCUGCAUUCUUCCGAAUAUCGAGGGAGUGGCAAAUAUUCAGUGUCAGGGAACUCAAAUGGUACGUGAUUCACCACAUGAAAAACUACAUACGCACAUAGAGAUUGCAUGGAUCUUCUCAACAGGUCUUGGGACACUUCUCUUCUUGGCAGAGAUUGCAAUACUCUGUUGGGUGAAGUUCUACAAUUACAGCAAACCUGCGGCUGUAGCAGCUUCUGUGGUGCUGGUGCCUGUGUGUAUUGUGUUUGUUUGGUUUGCUAUUCAUUUCUACAGAUCUCUUGUUCAACACAAGUAUGAAAGGUCUUUUCAGGGAAUUGAGGAACUUCAGCAGAUCGCUAACCAGCUUCACACAGACACAGGAACAUCACCAAGUUCACCUGCUCCUAGUCCAUGCCCUAAUCACAGGGUCUAACAAAACGUUUACUGCACAUUUUCAUGGUCUUGUAAUAUAACUAACAACUGGAUAUACGUUGAGAGCUCAUAAUUUUAAACCAUUUUAAUUAAAGAACACGUUUUAAAAUCUCCAAUAUGGAUAUACACUGCAAAGACAUGAAUUAUCAUUGCAGUUAUGUACAUAACUUACUGGUAAACAGCUGUGAAAAUAAAGACUGAAAAAUGAUCAUUCAUGUCUUUGCAUCUUUCUCUGUAGUUCAAAUAUAUGGUCUUUCAUUUAAUCACUUGCAUGGCUAUAUACACUCAGGAACAAAUAGUCUGUAAGAUCAGUUUGUUAAACCGUGGUGUACCAUAAAUUUAGAUCAUUCUUUCAUUUAUAAGCAUGGUCUACAUCAUCUGCACUUGUUCAAGGAUAGAAAAAGUUAAAGUUCAGGGCUUUGUGGUUUGGCGACCAUGUGUAACAUUAAAGUUUGAAACAUCUUUAUAUUCUAGGUAAAAGGGACUUAAACAAGAAAGUAUUUAUUUUAUUUUAUUGAUAACAAGUACAUUAUUGUAUUGCUCUUAAUAACUGGAGCAUAGUAGAAGUUGCUGUACAAAAAUAAUAUUAAGUUAUUAACAUUGUGAAAGGCUUAUAACAGGCUGCCAUUAGUGAUUACAGUGAACAGUAAAGAAUACGUCUAGCUUCUUUUAAACCUGAUUUUAGUUGUAAUAUGAUUUUAUUUGCUGCCAUUACAUCCAAGUUUUCCAAUCAUCAUUCAAUGACCUAACAGGCUACCUCUUGUAUAACUCAUAACAUUAUUCUUUCUGUGGUUUAGAAGGAUUGUUUGUUGACGUUUUGCUACUGGAACUCAAGAAUGUCUUGUUCAUGAAGACAGAUAGUUUAAAAGUUGUACUACUUUUAGCCAGGUUGUUUUCUUUGUUUUAAACUACACUGAUGUUCAUCACAAUAUUGUUUAAUUUUAGCUGCGGUGUACAGGGUUCUUGUGUAUUAUAUCACAUGCCUGUGGCUUCUGUUGGUAUAUAUGUACAUUUUUAGAAAAAAAAGGGAACUUAAUAACUAUCAAGUUAUAUAAAA